AUGGGCAGAGAUCUCCAUGUUGGCAUCGUUGGGGCGGGAAUCGGCGGCGUCUUGGCUUCCAUCGCAAUGGCUCGCGUAGGUUGCAAGGUGACUGUGUUAGAGGCCGCUGAGCAGCUGGGUGAGAUUGGUGCUGGUAUCCAAAUGACUCCCAAUGUAGCUCGACUCCUCAUCCGAUACGGCGUGGACAAGGUCAUUGGAGACGAUUUGGUCCGUAUUACCGAGUUGAAUCUAAGAAAGAAGGACGGGACAAAGGUCGGAUAUACCGCCGUCAAGCGUGUUGAGGACGCUCUCGGAUAUCCUUGGUGGCUGGUCCAUCGUCAUCAUCUUCACAACGGCCUGGUCGAAGUCGCGAGGCAGAGUGGGGUCAACUUGAUCAUCAGCAGCCGUGUGGCGAGCAUAUCCCAAUGCUCAGAUGGAAGAGUUGAAGUGGCUACUCAAAAAGGCGUUCGACACACAUUUGACCUCGUGGUCGGCUCGGAUGGAGUGCAAUCUGUCGUCCGACGGUCCCUGUUUCCGAACGUCAAGCCGCGCCCACCGACCGGCAAUUGUGCCUAUAGAGCUAUUGUGCCAUAUGAGGAAGUCAGGAAUGAUCCCAUCACUCGGGAGCUCGUCGAAGAUGCAAAUGGCAAUCCGAUGAACACGAUGGAAGUGUGGAUGGCCUCCACCGGCUAUAUCAUAUCAUAUCCCAUUUCCGGUGGCAAAGACUUCAAUAUGGUCCUGAGCCACUUUCGAAGCCCACCCGUCGACGCCGUGCAAGAGGUGUCCAUCGAUGAGGUACGGCAAGAGUACAAGGACUAUGAUCCUCGCAUCAAGCGUGUCGUCGAAAUGAUCCAGCCGCCGAUAUCUCGCUGGCCUCUGCUGGUGACGGGGCCUCUCGACUCGUGGUCCAAUGCGGAAAAGAAUGUUGUCCUUGUGGGAGAUUCGGCACACAGUAUGGUGAACCACAUGGCGCAAGGAGCCGCUACUUCUAUGGAGGAUGGUGCCUUCUUGGCCCGAUCUCUCGCUCAUGUCGUCAGUGGCAGCAUUAGCCUCCAGGAUGCAAUUGCAUUGUACGAGAAGGGACGCAUGCCGAAAGCUCGAUACAAGCAGCAAGUAUCGUAUCUGAAUGGCUGGAUCUGGCAUUUACCAGAUGGCCCCGCUGCAGAAGCCAGAAACGAUACAAUGAAGUGCGAAUUAGAAGGCCAAGUGCCGAUCAGGAGCGCCAAUCUAUAUGGUGACCCGACUACAGUUCUGGAGUGUUAUGGAUAUGAUGCAGAGAGCCAUGCAGAUCAGAUCGAUCGGAAUGUAGUAAAAGGACGGGACGGGAAGGAUUCAGAUAUGUAUUGA